AUGCCGUUUGCACAGCUCGUGGUGGGAAGUCCCGGCUCGGGGAAGAGCACCUACUGUGACGGCAUGCACCAGUUCAUGAGUGCCAUAGGGCGGGAGUGCUCGGUAGUCAACCUCGAUCCAGCGAAUGACAAGACGAAUUACCCUUGCGCCCUAGAUAUACGCGACCUCGUCACGCUGGAGGAGGUCAUGGCCGACGACCAGCUCGGCCCGAACGGUGGUGUGCUGUUUGCGUUCGAAGAGCUUGAAAACAACAUGGAAUGGCUGGAGAAUGGACUGAAAGAGUUGGAGGAAUCCUACGUGCUAUUCGAUUGCCCCGGUCAGGUCGAGCUAUACACACAUCACAACUCGCUUCGCAACAUAUUCUUUAAGCUGCAGAAAAUGGGCUACAGGCUUGUAACCGUACACAUGUCCGACAGCUUCUGCCUUACACAACCGUCGCUCUAUAUCUCGAACCUCCUCCUCACUCUACGCGCCAUGCUGCAGAUGGACCUACCGCACAUCAAUGUCCUCACCAAGAUCGACAAGAUCGCCUCGUAUGACCCUCUCCCAUUCAAUCUCGACUUCUACACCGAGGUCCAAGACCUGUCAUAUCUGCUGCCGUAUCUCAACGAGGAAUCGCCAGCCAUGCGCAGCGAGAAGUUCAGUCGGUUGAACGAAGCCGUGGCGGGCCUGGUCGAGAAUUUUGCGCUUGUACGAUUCGAGACCCUCGCGGUCGAGAACAAGAAGAGCAUGAUGCAACUUCUGCGGGUUAUCGACAGAGCUGGAGGGUACAUCUUCGGAGGCGCCGAAGGAGCCAACGACACCGUGUGGCAGAUAGCCAUGCGUAAUGAGUCGUCCAUGAUGGAAGUCCCGGACAUCCAGGAGCGUUGGGUCGACUCCAAGGCCGACCACGCCAGAUCUGAUGCCAGAUGA